AUGGAGGGGCAUAAUGAAAUGGAGAUGCUGAGGACGCUGAAGGGGCCCUCCACAGGGGAAGUAAGCGUCCACUUGGUGGCCAGAGACAGCCCGGGUUCCGGCUCUCACCUGACAGCUACUGCCUUCAUUAUCCCAGGUGGGCUAACCACCCUCAGCCUGCCCAGCAAUGCCCUGGAUGUGUCCUGCUUCCCUCGAGAGUCAAUCCAUGUGGGCGCCCUGGAGCGGGCGGCCGGCAGCGAACAGGUCACGGCCACCGUGCUGCCUCAGCUAAGUGCGGGGCCAGCAACCAGCUCCAGCGCCAGCACGGUGCGGCUACUGGAGUGGACCGAGCCUGCGGUCCCGCCUCCUGGGAGUGGUCUGCGGUUUCGGAUAAGCGAGUACGCGCCACUGACCAUGGUGGGAGCGGAGCAGCCACCGAGCCCCGAGCUGCGGCGGGAAGGCGUGACCGAAUACGAAGAUGGCGAGGCCUCGGCGAGAGGUGGCGAGGCGGGCACCCAACAGCCGGCGGACCUCCCUCAGGACCCUCCAGAAGUUACCUCUCAGGACCCCCCAGAGGAUGAUGCCACCUGUCAGUGCCAGGCGUGCGGGCCUCAGGGAGGCCCCGGCCCAGACCUUGGUUCCUCCAAUGAUGGUUGCCCCCGGCUGUUCCAGGAGCGGUCAGUCAUCGUGGAGAACUCCUCAGGCUGCACCAAGGCUUCUGAACUACUCAAACCUAUGAAGAAGCGGAAGUGCAGGGAAUACCAGAGCCCAUCAGAGGAGGAGUCGGAGACAGAGGUCAUGGAGAAGCAAGAAGAAGAGAGGCAUCCAGAGGGACAACCCACCACUGGCACCCCAGAGAGUGAGGAGUGGAGCAGCAGCCAGCCUGUAACUGGUAAGAAGAAGGAAGGCUGGUCAUGGGAGUCCUACCUAGAAGAGCAGAAGGCCAUCACUGCCCCUGUCAGCCUCUUCCAGGACUACCAAGCAGUCACUCAUAACAAGAAUGGCUUCAAACCGGGCAUGAAGUUGGAAGGCAUUGACCCUCAACACCCGUCCAUGUACUUCAUCCUCACUGUGGCUGAGGUGUGUGGCUACCGCCUACGUCUGCACUUUGAUGGAUAUUCUGAGUGCCAUGACUUCUGGAUCAAUGCCAACUCCCCUGACAUUCACCCUGCUGGCUGGUUUGAGAAGACUGGGCACAAGCUGCAGCCCCCUAAAGGUUACAAGGAGGAGGAGUUCAGCUGGAGCCAGUACCUGCGCAGCACAAGAGGUCAGGCUGCCCCCAAGCACCUGUUUGUGAGCCAGAGCCACAGUUCCCCGCCCCUGGGCUUCCAGGUGGGCAUGAAGCUGGAGGCUGUCGACCGCAUGAACCCAUCCCUCAUCUGUGUGGCCAGCGUAACCGAUGUGGUGGACAGCCGCUUUCUAGUGCACUUUGACAACUGGGACGAUACUUACGACUACUGGUGUGAUCCCAGCAGCCCUUACAUCCACCCGGUGGGCUGGUGCCAGAAGCAAGGGAAGCCCCUCACCCCUCCACAAGACUACCCAGACCCUGAUAGCUUCUGUUGGGAGAAGUAUCUGGAAGAAACCAGGGCUUCUGCUGUGCCUGCUUGGGCCUUCAAGGUGCGACCUCCCCACAGCUUCCUGGUCAACAUGAAGCUAGAGGCCGUGGACCGCAGGAACCCAGCCCUGAUUCGUGUGGCCAGCGUGGAGGACGUGGAGGAUCACCGGAUAAAGCUCCACUUUGAUGGCUGGAGCCAUACCUAUGACUUCUGGAUUGAUGCGGACCACCCAGACAUCCACCCUGCGGGCUGGUGCUCCAAGACCGGACAUCCCCUGCAGCCUCCUCUCCGACCCAGAGAGCCCAGCUCUGCCUCCCCUGGAGGCUGUCCCGUUCUCGGCUAUAAGAGCCUGCCACACACUAGGACCUCCAAGUACAGCUUUCAUCAUCGGAAGUGCCCUACUCCUGGUUGUGAUGGUUCUGGCCACGUCACAGGCAAGUUCACAGCUCACCAUUGCCUGUCAGGCUGCCCACUGGCUGAGAGGAACCAGAGCCGGCUAAAAGCGGAGCUCUCUGACUCAGAGGCCUCGGCCCAUAAGAGGAACCUCUCUGGCUUCUCCCCGAGGAAGAAGCGCCGUCAUCAUGGCCGGAUUGGACGCCCUCCAAAGUAUCAGAAGAUCCUGCAGGAAGAUUUCCAGACACUCGCCACUGAUGUCAUGCACCAGUCCCUUUUCAUGUCAGCGUUGUCGGCCCACCCAGACCGUUCACUCUCCGUGUGCUGGGAGCAGCACUGCAAGCUCUUGCCUGGAGUGGCAGGCAUCUCGGCCUCGACGGUCGCCAAGUGGACCAUUGAUGAGGUCUUCGGCUUUGUUCAGACUCUGACAGGUAGUGAGGACCAAGCACGACUCUUCAAAGAUGAGGUAAGACUAGGCAUAGUGACCCACAUCUCUAGAAAAAGUCUGGUAUGGACUGUGGCUCAGAGAGCUGGGGAACCCUCUCUGUUUGACCAUCUUCAGGAAAGGAGCAUCGUGGAGACAGAAUUCCAUUCAUUCCUCUGCUCUCUGAUGAUUGACGGCGAGGCCUUCCUUUUGCUGACACAGGCGGACAUUGUGAAGAUCAUGAGCGUCAAGCUGGGCCCAGCCUUGAAGAUCUAUAACUCCAUUCUUAUGUUCAAAAACACUGAUGACACCUUAAAGUGA